AUGAGUGUUCAAGAAAUCCAGGUAGAAAGUAGCAGUAAUAAUCAUGAAGGUGAGAUGAUGACUCCUAGAGUCCCUAUAAAGGGGUUUGGUUUUGAGGAUGUUCGGCUGAUGAAUGGGAACUGGCUGAGGGAGCCACAUGCUGAUGACAUUCUGCUCUUCUUUCGGAUAUUAGCUAUUUGCCACACAGCUAUUCCUGAGCUUAACGAGGAGACUGGCAAGUACACGUAUGAGGCAGAGUCACCAGAUGAAGCUUCUUUUCUUACUGCUGCGAGUGAGUUCGGUUUUGAGUUCUGCAAGAGAACUCAGUCAAGUGUUUAUGUUCAUGAAAGGUUAUCUUCUUCAGGGCAAACCAUUGAAAGGGAGUAUAAAAUUCUGAAUCUGUUGGAUUUCACUAGCAAACGGAAGCGAAUGUCAGUAGUUAUACGUGACGAGGAAGGGCAGAUUUUCCUGCUAUGCAAAGGAGCUGACAGAAAGCUUGAUGAGGAUGAAUAUUCAGCUUGGAACGCUGAGUUUCACAAGGCCAAAACUUCUAUAGGAUCUGACAGAGAUGACUUGCUUGAGAAGAUUUCAGAUAUGAUCGAAAAGGACCUUAUUCUUGUAGGUGCAACUGCUGUGGAGGACAAACUCCAGAAAGGGGUCCCCCAAUGCAUAGAUAAACUUGCCCAAGCUGGCCUCAAGUUGUGGGUUUUAACCGGGGAUAAGAUGGAAACAGCAAUCAACAUCGGAUAUUCAUGUAGUUUACUUAGGCAAGGCAUGAAACAGAUAUGUAUAACUGUGAUGAAUUCAGAAGGAGGAUCUCAUGAAUCAAAGGCUGUGAAGGAGAAUAUUUUGAAUCAGCUCACUAAAGCUGUACAAAUGGUGAAGCUAGAGAAAGAUCCACAUGCUGCAUUUGCUUUGAUCAUUGACGGGAAAACUCUAACGUAUGCAUUGGAGGAUGAUAUGAAGUUUCAGUUUCUUGCUUUGGCUGUUGAUUGUGCGUCAGUCAUUUGCUGCCGUGUAUCUCCCAAGCAGAAAGCUCUGGUAACAAGGUUAGUUAAAGAGGGAACUGGGAAAACUACAUUGGCAAUAGGUGAUGGUGCAAAUGACGUUGGAAUGAUUCAAGAAGCUGACAUUGGUGUUGGCAUUAGUGGAGUCGAAGGGAUGCAGGCUGUUAUGGCAAGCGAUUUUUCUAUUGCCCAGUUCAGGUUUCUGGAAAGAUUACCCGUUGUUCAUGGACAUUGGUGCUAUAAAAAAAUAGCUCAAAUGGCUGAUAAUUGUCCUUUGAAGAAGCUACAAAUAGCGAAGCUUUUAAGUGGACAUUGCAUGGGAGCCCAAUGUUUUGAGUGGAGCAUUGGAAGUGCAAUUACAGACUUACUUGUGUAG